AUGACUGAUAAAAGUGACUGUGUAACUAAUUUUGUCAACAUUAAUAAACGUUUAUGGAAUGAUAAAGUUUACUAUCAUGUUAUAUCACCUAUGUACGAUGUUCCUGGCUUUCUUGCUGGUGCCGAUUCAUUAAAUCAUAUUGAAAGUGAUUUAUUGGGUAAAAUACAAGGUCAACGUAUUCUUCAUUUACAAUGUCAUUUUGGACUUGAUUCACUUUCACUGGCUCGACGUGGUGCAAAACAUGUCACUGGCAUUGAUCUAUCUGACAAGGCUAUUGAAAAAGCUCAAGAACUAGCUGAAACUACGAAUCUUACCACAUCAACAAGAUUUAUCUGUUGUAAUAUCUAUGAUUUACAAAAAUAUUUGUCAUGUGAUCCAGAUCAAUUAUUUGAUAUUGUUUUCACUUCAUACGGUGUUACUGGUUGGUUACCUAAUAUUAAUGAAUGGGCCUCUUUAAUUUCUCAAUAUUUGAAACCGAAUGGUAAUUUUAUUAUAGCCGAGUUUCAUCCGGUUCUAUCGAUGUUUAAUGAUGAUUUUACCCUUCUGACAGAAUCAUAUUUUAAUCAGAAAGCCAUCGUAUCGCAAUGUAGUGGAAGUUAUGCUGAUCGUAGCGCUCCUAUUUCGAAUUCAAGUGUUGAAUGGAAUCAUAGUCUUAGUGACAUUGUUCAAGCACUUAUUGAUCAUGGACUUCGAAUUAAUAUUCUACGGGAGUUCGAUUAUUCACCAUACGACUGCUUUCUGAAUAGUGUUAAGACACAUGAUGGAUUUUAUCAAAUCAAAGGUUUGGAAAAGAAAAUACCUAUGGUUUAUGCUUUGAAAGCAACAAAAAAUGUCGAAGAUAAACAGUUUUGA